AUGUCUCUCAUUGAUACUCUAACUACGCACUUACCAACUGCACCAGGUAUCUUGCCAAAAUGGUUGUUUUUCAUUUCGAUUGUUUCUGUUUUUAACUCCGUCCAGACUUACGUUAAUCUAGCAUUAACUAAGCAGGUGUAUGCAAACAAGCCUGAGGAGGUCACUCCUUUGUCUGCACGUACUUUUGGUACGUGGACUCUUAUUUCUGCUAUUAUUCGUUACUUCGCUGCCUACCAUAUCAAUGAUGUUAAUGUUUAUAAUAUUUGCAUUGCUUCUUAUUGUAUUGCCUUAUGGCAUUUCGGCUCUGAAUGGCUUUACUACAAAAGCUGCAAGUUUGACAAGGGUCUAUUUGGUCCUUUGAUUGUCUCAACUUGCUCAAUUGCUUGGAUGCUUUCUCAAAGAGAGUUCUACACCGGAGUUGUCGCAUGA